GGAUGGGUACGUUCUUUUACUUCCUGCUGGAUUGCGCGGUAACGUCUUAAAUGGAAGAAAGCUAGUAUAUGUAGAUCUGAUGAAAAUGCUGGGAAAAAAUUUACAGGUCAAUCUGAUACCGAAGACUUGAUUGAAGCUUAAAACGUAUGGUUUAAGAAAGGGUCCGUUAGUAGGUCAUUUAACUUCAGAUUCGAGUGUUUAUCGCAAUAAAAUACGUGAAUGCCAUUUUGGUUGAUUUUCUUAUACCCGACCAGGCUAUAACCAAUAAUGUAUGACUUGUAAUGUCUCUUGGUGCAGUUUCUUUCUUAACAUCAAACGGCCAUUAAAAAAAAAAAAAACCAAGACUAUAGCUAUAUGCGUUUUUUCUUAAACAAAAAAAGCCUACAAAUUUAGGGAGUUCAUUGUAUACAGUUAAACGCACAAUCCAGGCAAGAAAUGUAAAAUAAAAACUGAAUCUUCCACUGGAAAGCAUAUAGCAAGGAAAUGGACACUGUUUGAACAAAGAUAUAGCGAGGAUGACAACAAAUUGAAAUUACUGAAACCUUGUCUGGUACCAGAAAGGCUAAAAUUUCUCCGAGGUUUAUUCUCUUCCUCACAAUCUAUUACCAACUACAUAGCUGAUUAACGAUCCAUCAUUCUCUCCUUUCAACAACUCCAAAAACUCCCUCAAAUUAACCACUCUUCCUAAAUCCUACUCACCAUAUGGCUCCCUAGACCCUAACCAUCCCUCCCUCUUCCCCCUAUUAUUGGACAGGACAUGAUGGUCCCUUGCAGCCAGGCGCCACCGCCCCUCGUCGGCCUCGUGUCCUUGCUCCUCAUCCUCACCGCAAGGCCCCCGCCGCCGAAAUCGCGGCCUUUCAAGAAGCUCCGGCGUUUCGCAAUGGAGAGGCGUGUAAGCCCCAGAGGAUCCACAUUGCCAUGACACUGGACUCCAAUUACCUCAGAGGCACCAUGGCCGCCGUGCUCUCCAUGUUAAAACACUCUACGUGUCCCGAAAACAUGGAGUUCCAUUUCCUCUGGGCUAGGUUCCAGCCUCUGGUCUUCUUCACCAUCAAAUCCACCUUCCCUUACCUCAAGUUCAAGAUUUACCGCUUCGAAUCCAACCGGGUACGCGCCAAAAUCUCCCAGUCCAUCCGCCAAGCCUUGGACCAGCCUCUCAACUACGCCAGAAUCUACCUUUCCGACAUUAUCCCGGGCUGCGUCAAGAGGGUCAUCUACCUCGACUCCGAUCUCGUCGUGGUAGAUGACAUAGCCAAGCUCUGGAACGUAAGUUUAGAAGGCAAGGUUGUUGCAGCACCGGAAUACUGCGGCGCGAAUUUCACGAGAUACUUCACGGACGUGUUCUGGGUGGAGCGAGAACUGGCGAGGACAUUCGAGGGUCGUCGUCCCUGUUACUUUAACACGGGGGUGAUGGUGGUGGACGUGGAGAAAUGGAGGGAAGGGAGGUACACGCAGAAGAUGGAGGAGUGGAUGAGAGUGCAGAAGCAGAAGAGGAUCUAUCAUUUGGGAUCUCUGCCUCCAUUUUUGCUGGCGUUGGCUGGGAAUAUAACAGGGAUUGAUCAUAGGUGGAACCAGCAUGGGUUGGGAGGGGACAAUGUUGAAGGCAAGUGCAGGAGCUUGCAUCCUGGGCCUAUAAGCUUGUUGCAUUGGAGUGGAAAAGGGAAGCCAUGGCUGAGAUUGGACGCAAGGAAGCCUUGCCCUGUUGAUCAUCUUUGGGCUCCUUAUGAUCUCUAUCGUUCAUAUGCUCAUUCUUUGGAAGAAUAUUGACUUCUGCAAAUCAAGAGGCAAGGUGAAGCUUUUUGCAGUUUGAUGGAGCUGGGGUUCUUACUAAAUAUAUGACUCGAUUUUUAUCAUGUGAACUGGGUGAAAUUAUCCACUUGGCUUGAGACGUACAUGAAUGAGAAUUGAUGAAAUCCCCUUUGAAUAUCCUUUCCAUGUUGAUGCACAGUAUUUUUCCCCAGCUCGAAUUUAUAGUGCUAUCUAACUGUUGGCUAUGUAAAAUUUUGUAUAUUUGUAACAGAAUUAAUAAAUGCAUAUAUACAUUAUAUUGUUAUUUUAA